AUGGUGAGGCUUAUGUGGGAUCGUGGUGUACGCGAUACGUUGCAUGAUAGAGAUGCCAAGGCAAUGAAGUUGGUAUCCAAGGUACUCGAUGACAUUUACGGUGCCAGAAAAUCUAACAAGUAUCGCAUCUCGGGAAGCAAGGAUAGAUUUUACUUUCUCCUGUGGUCAUUGCGUGAUUCCACACGACGAUGUUAUGACCCAGCUGAUUAUGUUUAUGGUGUGCUCGGCAUGUUGCAGAUCAAAAUUCCAAGAAUGGACGAUCCGAAUGCUGUUUGGCGGCAUUUGUUGAUGGCGCUGGAUGAUUAUAUGAAAGAUGAUGAUGAUGAGGAUAGAUCUGGCUCUCCAAGUUGCGUUGACCGUGCUGACAUCAUCGACUUGUGCAAAGCUAAAAAUAUCGGUUAUGUAUACAAAAAGUUGAUUGAAAUCUAUUUUGGAUUCAAAUAA